AUGAGCCACCUGCGCGCGACGACUGCGCCCAAUGCCUGGCCCGGCAGCGGCAGGGAUUUGGGCCCGCCGCCGCCGCCUCAGCAGCAGCUGGAAGGUCACCUCCUCUUGGGAGAAGAGGCGGCGGCGGCGGCGAGCCGUGGCGGCGCCUUCCCUUCCCCCUGGUUGGGCAUUUGCUGCCCGGGCCGCCUCUCCUCAUCCCCCAGGUAUCUGCUUUCGGGUACACCUGAGGGAGAUGAUGAAGAGGAGGAGGAGGAGGAGGAAGACGAAGAUGAAGAAGAGGAGGAGGAGCUCCUGAGGGCCGGUGGCCCCCCGGCCUCCCAGACCAACGGCGUGCAGCGGCAGAGGCGGCUGGCGGCCAACGCUCGCGAGCGGCGCCGGAUGCACGGGCUGAACCACGCUUUCGACCAGCUGCGCAACGUCAUCCCCUCCUUUAACAACGACAAGAAACUCUCCAAGUACGAGACGCUGCAGAUGGCGCAGAUCUACAUCAGCGCUUUAGCCGAGCUCCUGCACAGCCCUCUGCCGCCCGAGAGCGCCCCCUGCGGCAAGGGCCCUUCUCUUCCGCCCGCCGCCCAGACUUAUGAGCGCUCGCCUUGUACCCCUCCAGGAGGGGGGGCGCUGCAGCCCCGGGCCCAGAUUGCGGGCCACGGCAGGACGCGUUUUCCCCUAGAAUCGCCUGCGGGGACAGGAGGGGGCUACACCUUGCAGCCAGACCCUCUGCAUUUCCCUUCCUUCACGGACGGCGCCCUCCUGGGGCAAAAAGCCCCGUCGCCGGGCCAGCUUCUCCAGCCGCCUGGCCAGCAGCCCCCAGAGCGAAGAAAAACCUCGCCACCAGCCCACCGCAGCGACGGGGAGUUCUCGCCUCGAUCGCAUUACAGUGACUCGGAUGAGGCCAGUUAA